AACCUAUUUUAUUUUGUUUAAAUGUUGGCCUUACAGACCUUUCAGAUGGGCCAAGUAUAAAGACAGAUGUAUCAGUAACUUAGAGAAGUAGGCAUUAAUGUAGUUGAUCAUGUUUCAUUUUAACUUUUCUUGGCAUCUCUUAUGAAGGAGUGUGACUGAAGAUAGGGUAAAUCAAUGGUGGAAAUGAUGUCAAGCAUGAAAUAAAGAGCUGGGUUUUCUAAUAUAUGCUUUUAAGAUAUACCCAGCAUUAUGAACAUUCAGAAGUAUUACAUUUCUGUGUAAUUAUGGUUUUUAAAAACUUAUGCACAUGACUUUGGUUAACAACUUUAAAAUUAGUAUUGAAACUGUUUUGACUAUAAAGAUAUCUGACUUGACAGUGAUACAACUUUAUGAUUUAAAAAACAUUAAGAAAUUAAUCCCACUUAACCAUGUUUGUUCUCAGACGGAUUUAUAGUCCUGUUUUUUUCUUUCAAAUAAUUUUUCUUUUAAAUAUUAGCAUGUACACCACAGAACCAGAAAAUGAACAUUUGGAGAAUAAAAACAUCGAAUCAUCUAUAACUCCUCAGAUCCUCAAAGAUAGUAAUACUAGUGAACAUGAAGAAACUAAGGAAAUCGUCUUCUCAAAAACAGAGGAAACAAAACCAGAGAUGUCAAAAAAUGGUUGUCCUCCACAAGGGACAUUGAAUAAACAUAUUACAAAUGGAGUUUUACUUCUGAUGAUAUGGUGUGCAAUCUGGUCAGUCUCAGGCCUUAGCCUUCACCCUGAAGCAAAUUUACUUGGACUAUUCAUUGUCUUUUAUAGUUCCCUAGUUGGGGGAAAACUUUUGGAACUCAUUAGAAUACCUUCAGUACCUCCACUUCCACCUCUUCUUGGGAUGUUACUGGCUGGUUUUAUCAUCAGGAAUGUUCCAUUUAUCAGUGACUUGGUCCAUGUGAGUAACAGGUGGUCUUCAACUUUAAGAAACACUGCCCUUACCCUUAUCCUAAUAAAAGCUGGACUUGGACUCGAUCCACAGGCUUUGAAGCGUUUGAAGAGAGUUUGUUUAAGAUUGUCUAUGGGUCCAUGCCUCAUGGAGGCAUGUUCAACUGCUGUUAUUUCCCACUUCCUUAUGAAUUUUCCCUGGCAAUGGGGAUUUCUAUUAGGUUUUGUAGUAGGUGCUGUCUCUCCUGCUGUUGUUGUCCCUUCCAUGCUACUUUUGCAAGACAAAGGAUAUGGUAUUGAGAAAGGCAUUCCAACCUUACUAGUAGCUGCAAGCAGUUUUGAUGACAUCCUGGCUAUCACUGGAUUCAGUACAUGCAUGGGCAUAGUCUUCUCCACAGGUACUAUACUUCAUAAUCUCCUAAUCUCUUUUCGGAACAUAAUUAUUGGUAUACUGCUAGGAGUGGUUUUGGGAAUUUUUGUUCGAUAUUUUCCAAGUGAAGAUCAGACAAAACUUCCAUUGAAGAGAGCAUGCCUUGUUUUGAGUAUGUGCAUUUCUGCUGUCUUAGGCAGCAAUUAUAUUGGUAUACAUGGAGCUGGAGGAUUAUGUACACUAGUGUUGACUGUCACUGGAGGACUGAAUUGGACCAAAGAUAAGACUGCAGUCCAAAAAAUUAUUGCAAUUGCAUGGGAUAUCUUUCAACCCCUUCUUUUUGGUUUGGUUGGAUUGGAAGUAUCUGUUGCAUCUCUUGAAUCAGAGGCCAUUGGCAUUUGUAUUGCUACCAUGAGUUUGGCAUUAACGAUUCGAAUUGUUUUUACAUUUUUUUUAAUGGCUUUUGCUGGUUUUAAUUUUAAGGAGAAAAUAUUUAUUGCUCUAUCAUGGAUGCCCAAAGCUACAGUCCAGCUAGCACCUCUGCUGGUCUCAGUCACUUACCUGGUGGAGGGACCCAAAUCAUCAUCCCCGAGGUGUCUGAGCCCAGGUCACCAUUUCUCCUCCACUGAAUGCUGGAUGCUGUGCUCAAGCUACACUUAUCUACUUAAAUCAAACCAUCGAAAUUGAACAAGAGGUUACCUAGAUUCUCUGGAUGCCAAACACAUUCCUCUCUGCUUCCAUUUUGCAUUGGAACUGAUUUGCAACCACUAAUCUUUUUCUAAAUUAUCUCUAUAAUUUUGCCUUCUAAAUAAAAUUUUUACUGUAAUUUAAUUAACUAUUUAUUUUGUGGAUAUGUUACUAGGUAUCUACAAUUUUAGGAUCAGUGUAUCAUCUUCUUAGUGAAUUUUUACUUAUUAUGUAAUGUAAGGAGGUGAGUUUGAACAUUUCAGGGCUGAUGAAGGAAAAAAAACAUGGCCAUGAGGUGGCACUAGCACACAAGCUUUAUUUGGGCGAUACUUUGCCGGGUCUGCCAAAGGCACUAACAUGGUGAAACCAUCCAGAGGCUGAAGCUCAUAGGGGCCGCCAUCCAGGAGAGGAGAGCAAGGGAACACCUGGAGUAGAGAGGCAUAAAAAGGGGGUUUUAUGUCUCGGGGGCUUAUGUAUGAUGUCAUGCGGCAGGAUGCCAGGGAGUCUCUGGGCCCAAGAAUUCCAAAGAGUAGCAGCAACUUAUCAUCUCUAUAGCCCAAGGCUCAUUUUAUCUGUGGCAGGCAGAUUUUGGACACAGUUUCACGUUAAGUAAAGCAGGCAUACACUAAAGGGCUAAAAAUCUGCUUGUCUGUGCUAUGUUUAAAAUAAUUUUUUUAAAAGAAUUAAAUCAUUUAGUUCCCAUAACAAGUGUGUGAAUUUUAAGAUCUCAUUAGGCAAACUGAGGUUAAGUAGCAGUCCUAGGUCACAGCUGAUAAUUAGCCAAGGUGGGAGUCCACGUUACAGGGCUCCUGAGGCAGAGUUCCUAUUCUUUUUUUUUUUCUAUUUGUCUCAUAUAUUCUUUUUUAAUAUUUUUAUUCUUUUUUUAAUUUUUUUACAAUUGAUGUGUAAAGUUUUGAUUUGGUGCCCGGGGGCUUUUGAGCUAAUGGGUCUCAGCCUCCUGUGAAUAAACAACCCCGGGGGCCUUAUAUAUGUAACGUCCUGACUCUCCCUUUUUUCCACUCACCAUCGUUUAUUAUACUCAUUUUUUAGGUAUUUUUUAUUAUUGUUCAAAAUAUUACAGGUG